UAUUUACAGUAGUUACUGCAGUUUGAACCUUGGAUCUGUAACUUUAUCAAGAGGAGGGCGUUGGAAAUGGCUACUAUGAGGAAAACUCACUCGAAUAGUUUCGAUUAGCUCACAUACCCUUUUUGCUUCUUUUGACGGAAAGAUCAUUUCGAUGUAGGCUUACGUGGUGUUAAGCUGCUGUGAAGCACAAAACCACGGGAAAAUAGCUGAUUGAAUUGUGUGUAGACGCCAUCAUAGAAAAGGACUUAAUGGCGCUACAUUACGGAUAACAGAUAAAAACUUGAAUGCAGAUGGUUUGUUCAUUUAUGUAAGCCACUUUAGUUUGGAUCUUAUCUAAACAAGCGAAGAAAAUAACUUCCCCGGAAUCUGCCAGUAUGUACGAUGGGACCAGAAGCGGGCCUGUGGCAUCAGAGGAUCCCCCUGGGGAAGAAACUGCAUUGCCUUUGGAAGAACCGAAAGAUUCAGGCAAUAAUGGGAGUAAUUCGGAUUCCCCUAAAACUAAAACAGCAAGCCAGUUUCGCCCAAACCUUGAAGAGCGCCUUUCUAGAUACGGAGCUCGACCCGCAUCUCCAGUGUUUAGCGCUUCUACGCGCAGAUCCAGGUUUCAGAAACCGGAGCGCUGUGAACCCGGCAGCAGCGCCACCCACAGACUCUCAAUAGACGCUUCAGAGAAAAGCACUCUCACGCCCUCUAUGCGUAAGAAGUAUUUAAAGGAGUUUUUGAACAAAUCUGGACUGUCAAGCAUUGUAUCAUCCCAACACACGAGCCUGUCCAAAGAUUGUGAAGAUGAUGAUGCACUCUAUGGUUUAAACGAUACCGGCUGGGCUUUGGACCCCAUGGAGCAUGCAUGGAUGCUGUGUGCUAUGGAUGGAAAUUAUGACACUGUGGUUGAAUUUCUUGCUGAAGACCAGAGUCUGCUGAGCAAAAAAGACUUCAUCAGUGGUUACACAGCUCUUCACUGGUUGGCUAAAAACGGAAAGGAUGAAACAUUGAUACGGCUUCUCAGGCAUGCGGAGAAAGAAGGGUUGCCGGUGAACGUUAACAUGAGAGGCAGCGGAGGUCUGACACCUCUGCAUGUGGCUGCCAUGCAUAACCAGUACAUGAUUGUUAAGAUUUUGGUUGGCGCUUUCGGUGCCAAUAUAGAAGUCAUGGACUACAGCGGUAAAAGGGCAUGGCAAUAUCUUAAGAACAAUGCACCAAAGGAAAUGAAGGAACUUUUAGGAGCCUGGGAUGAAGAACACACUUUAAGGUUUUUUAACAUGAACAACAGCGCAAGUGAAGCAAAGCCAAUAGAGCAACAUGCUCAAGAAAAUAAAAUUGAGGUGGACAUUUCAGCAAGGAGAAAUAUAGCCUGGAGAUUUGGAUCAUUUAGAAAGAUUUUGUGCAGUGUUGGUCUGCUUGAGGAAAAAUCCUGAAGGGACUGCAGCAAAUCUUUUAUUAACUACUAAGUUCAUGGUUUGUUCAUUUUUUAAUAAACAAUCUCCCAACUUUAUCUUGAUAUCAGUGUUGCCUUCACAUUUAUGUGAAUUAAAUAUUAUUUAUAAAAAGAUUUUUUUUGUUUUUCACCAAUACUGGAUUAUGACUUAAGAGAAUUUUUUGUUAAUCUUAAACAAAAAUGUA